AUGCUAGAAUACCGCACACAAGGCUUCCAAGGCUACGCAGUCAAAUAUUCUCCCUUCUUUGAUAAUCGCAUAGCUGUUGCAGCAGCAGCAAAUUAUGGUCUCGUCGGAAAUGGACGGCUGUAUGCGCUGGAGCUGACAACUCACGGCAUCGUGCCUUUGAAAGUCUACCCUACACAAGAUGCCCUCUACGAUGUAACGCACUCCGAAGCCCAUAGCUCCCAUCUUCUCACUGCAUCUGGCGAUGGCGCACUGCGACUCUAUGAUACCUCCCUCGCUCCGGAAUUUCCCAUUGCAAAAUUCGAAGAACAUUCGCGGGAAGCCUUUUCGUGCAGUUGGAAUCUCACUUCCAAGGCAACCUUUGCCUCGUCAUCCUGGGACGGAAGUGUCAAGAUAUGGAGCCCCGAACGGCAGCAGAGCCUGCUAACACUACCGACCCAUUCCUGCACGUACAGCGUCCAAUGGAGUCCUCAUACUGAUGGGAUGUUGAGCGCGGUAUGCUCCGACAGCCAUCUACGGGUGUGGGAUUUGAGAACCCCGGCCAGUGCUAGUAACCAUCUCGUGUUACAAAUCCCUAUUCAUGCGCCACCCUUGUCAGCGGACGCUGGAGUCGGGAAGAUCCAACCGACCUUCCCACCUGCUGAAGCACUCACUCACGAUUGGAAUAAAUACCGCAGCCCAGUCGUUGCCACGGCCGGGGUUGACCGCAUCAUUCGAACAUUUGAUAUCCGGCAGCCCAAGGGCCCGCUUCACUUGUUACAGGGACACGGCUACGCGGUGCGGAAAGUUGCAUGGAGUCCACACCUCCCGGAUCUACUACUCAGUGCCAGCUAUGAUAUGACCUGUCGUGUCUGGACGGACGGAGGGGAGCAGGGAGGUCCCGCCAGAGAGCUCGGUACGAUGGGUCGUCAUACCGAGUUCGUGACCGGGGUCGACUGGUGUUUAUUCGGGAGUGAAGGAUGGGCUGCCAGUUGUGGUUGGGACGAGCUUCUCUGUGUCUGGGAUGUGCGAACAGUCAUGCGUCCUUGA